GGAUUAGACAGAAUUGUCUCCUUGAAGAACCAACUUCUUACUAUUGGCAGCUUUUAUUACUACUGACCAAAAGGCACUUGGAACACUUUUCCUUUUGUGAUCCCGGAGAAAAUGGCUGAGAAACAGAUUAGUGCUCCUACACAGUGGCAGAAUGAGAGAUCCAAAGGGAACCAGUGGCAUGGUUUUGAGUGGAUUGAAGGGAGAUGACUAGGUAAGGGAAGAGAUAUUAUGGAGACUUAACUAUAAACAUAAGUUUGCCUGCUAAACUUAUCAAUGGAGGAGUUGCUGGGAUCAUUGGAGUUACAUGUAUAUUUCCAAUUGACCUGGUUAAAACCAGGCUACAGAAUCAGAGAAGUGGACAGCAAAUCUACAAAAGCAUGUUGGAUUGCCUAAUUAAAACGCUUCGUUCAGAGGGGUAUUUUGGCAUGUACAGAGGUGCAGCAGUGAAUCUGACCCUUGUAACACCAGAGAAGGCUAUCAAACUGGCUGCUAACGACUAUUUUAGACACCUUCUUGCCAAGGAUGGGAUAGCCCUGUCUUUAUCUAAGGAGAUGAUGGCAGGCUGCGGUGCUGGAAUUUGCCAAGUUAUUAUCACCACUCCUAUGGAGAUGCUGAAAAUCCAGCUGCAGGAUGCAGGGAGACUAGCAUCUCAGCAGCUUAUUAGCAGAGUCCCUUGCCCAGCUCCUGGAUGCAAGCUUCUGUCUCUCAGCCCUGUUCCAAUUAGAGCAUAUAAUGCAGGACUUGUUUCUUUUCCAAUGAAGAUCUCUGCCACUCAGAUAGCAGCUGAGCUUCUGCAUACUCAGGGCAUUAAAGGCCUCUACAAAGGUCUUGGAGCAACCUUGCUGAGGGAUGUUCCAUUCUCCGUCAUCUAUUUCCCGCUGUUUGCCCAUCUGAAUAAAACAGAACGAGAUUGCCUGGAAGAAAGAGCUCCCUUCUUUCGAUCUUUUCUUGCUGGUUGCAUGGCUGGUUCUGUGGCAGCUGUAUGCGUCAAUCCUUGUGAUGUAAUAAAAACUCGUCUUCAAUCAAUGGGCAAGGGAAGAAAUGAAGAAAAUUAUAAUGGAAUUAUUGAUUGUGCAAGGAAGAUUUGGAUUAAGGAGGGGCCCUCUGCCUUCCUAAAGGGAGCCGGCUGCAGAGCACUAGUCAUUGCUCCUCUCUUUGGUAUAGCCCAAGUGAUUUACUUUAUCGGUGUUGGAGAAUAUCUUAUUGAGCGAUGCCAAUAUGGAAAACUUUCCCCCUAGAAUUUCUCAUUCAUUGGACCUACUAAAACAGAUCCAUGAGAACUACUGGUCAAGAUGCAAGUAAACUGUGGCAGUUCAAGUCAACCUAUCAAUGUUUCUUCCAUUUGGAAGUUUGAACUCAAAAAGCCUUGUUAAAUGUUGCCAGAUUUCAGAAUGCAUAUAUCCAGGUUAGCCAACUGACGAAGGGUGAGAUUUGUGUGUCUGUCUUGUGAUCUUGUGAUCAAAAUACGGACACCAGGAUUGUAAGAUAGACAUCUGUAUGUGUAAAUAGAGGUGUGUCUUUUAGUUCCAGAAGCUGAGAGGUUGGAGACACUGAAAAUGGAAUGACAAUGGCCACAUUUAUGAGAUGGAAUGACAAUGUUUAUGGGAGGCUGUAUUAAAAAGCACAUUUUUAAUUACAAGCAAAGCAAGAAUAAAAAUUAAACAUUUGGGGGGCCAAAUCUUAUGAACUGUUGUGAAACAAACCAGGUGGUUAUUCUUGGAGCAGAUGCUAUACAUCUAUCCACUUGCAAUCUUUUCAGCUACAGCAAAGUAAAAUUCAAUAAAAUUCUAUUUCACAUACCAGAGGUAAAUCAGGGAACAAAAACAUAUGACUUUUUAUACACCUAUGCUUUAAUUUUAUGUAGAGUAAAGAAUUUGGUUCCUAUGGUGACUAGUGAAUACAAAGCAACAUAAUGCAAGUGUUUGAGGCAAAGUAAGCUAAAUAUACACUCUGUGUUUUGCAUACAGAAGUUCAUAAAUAGCUACCAAUCCAAAGAUUCCUAAGAUGUUCUCUAGAACUGUAGUUCAUCUGGGAAACGAGGGAUGUGCCUGGUUUUAACACUACUUGUUGAGCAACCAAGCUGCAAAGCAGUCUUUCUUGGUGGGCAAUUGUACUUACAUUUUAUUAAUUUAAAAUAUAGAACCCUAUAUUCCAGGGGUUUGCCAUUUGUAUGUACAGAAUUUCUAUAUCACUGGGUUCAUCUGAGAGGCUGUCAUCAGUGGGAAGUAUGGGCAUAAUCUUUUUUUUUUUUUUUGAGGGAACUAUGAACUGAUCCCUACAUAUAAUGUAAAUUUAAUGUAUGCCAUGCAAGAAGCAACAUACUUUUAAUAACUCUUGCAUAAUAAUAAUAAAAAAGUUCAGAUCCA